AUGAAGACUUACCAGUUGUGUGUCCUUAUUGGUCUUGUGCUCAGGGUUCACUCAGGACCCAUUACACCACUUCCCAACAAGGAUGAUGAAAAAUUUGCAAAGAAUUACUUAAAAAAACUGUACAACAUGGAAGAAGAGAACGAGUCGUCUUUUGGACGCAAGAUCAAUGAGAUGAGCUUGAAGCUGGGUGAGAUGCAGCAGUUUUUUGGGUUAAAGGUGACAGGAACUUUGAAUGGUGAAACACUGGAGAUGAUGAAGAAGCCUCGCUGUGGCGUUAAAGAUGUGGCUUCUUACACGGAGAGAAAUCCCAUAUGGCCUAAACACAAGCUGUCGUACAGACACACUUUGUUAUUUAUAUUCUAUGGGCUUGAGAAUUACACACCUGAUAUGUCCAUGGCUGAAGUGGACAAGUCCAUUGAGAAAGCUUUGGAAGUCUGGGCUCGUGUCACUCCUUUGAGGUUUACCCGUUUCUACAGUGGUCAAGCUGACAUCAUGAUCUCUUUUGUUACCGGAUAUCACGGUGAUAAAGCCCCAUUUGAAGGCCCCCACGGUGUCUUGGCUCAUGCAUAUUUCCCUUCCCCUGGCAUCGGUGGAGACGCCCAUUUCGAUGAUGAUGAGACAUUCACCUUCAAAUCUUCUAGGGGAUACAACUUGUUCUUGGUCGCUGCUCAUGAAUUUGGACAUUCUCUGGGCCUUGAACAUUCCAAUGUUCCUGGUGCUCUAAUGUUCCCAACAUACAGCUACACUGAUGUUGAAAAUUAUGAUCUGCCCAGAGAUGAUGUAAAUAGAAUUCAGGCCCUGUAUGGCUCAAACUUUGAAAAACCUGUUGACCCUGAUAAGCCUGAGCCCACCCCUCCAGUCACCCCUAACGCCUGUGACCCCAAUCUGGUCCUGGAUGCUGUGACAACCCUACGUGGAGAGAAAAUCUUUUUCAAGAACAGGUUCUUCUGGCGCGUCCAGCCUCAGCUCACCACAAUUGAGCAACUUCCAAUCAAGUACUUCUGGCCAGAACUUCCUGAUAAUAUCGAUGCUGCUUUUGAGGAUCCAUCAGCUGAUCUGGUGUACAUCUUCAAAGGUCAGAAAGUCUGGGCUUUUAACGCUUUUGACAUUGUGGAACAUUUGAAUCUUGGUAGCUUCGAGUUGCCAGAUGCUGUAAAGCGCAUAGACGCUGCCCUUUAUGACGAAAAUUCUAAAAGGGUGUUGUUUAUUGUUGGCAGGUCAUACUACAGCUAUGACAUUGACAAAAAGGUGAUGGACCAAGGAGCCCCAAAACCUGUGGAAAAAAUCUUCCCAGGAAUGUCAGGAAAGGUUACUGCAGCUUUCCAGGAAGAUGGUAAUACUUAUCUCUUCAGCGGGUCACAUAUUUUCCAUUUCAGUAACGGAAAGCUGAUGAACACGCUGAAAAGCAACCACUUCUUCCGGUGCUAGUUUUUUCAAUUUAAAUGCUCCACAGGCCAAACGCAUUACUCAACAAAUGGAAAUUAAUUUGUAGAGUAAAUUAUCUAAUAUUUUACAUGGCAUUGUAUUUAGAAUAACACUGAUUUAAAAUUGGUCAUGCACCUUUUUUAUGUUUUAUU